AUGGAAGUGGAUCCCGCGGCCCAAGGCGUUGAAACAGCCCCCGCAACAGAUUCCGAGAAGAAUCGAGGCGCAAAUAAGUCCGGGAGAUGGUGGAAAGAACCCAAAAAGCCAGUGAACACCCUAAAUAAGAAUAAACGCCUGCACUCAACUUGGGAAAAGAAGAUGAAUGAACGAGACAAGAAAGCCGCCGCAAAGCUUCUUCAAGAUGGCAUCCGGGAAAAGAUUUCGCAAGAAAAACAGGACAAAGUAGCCAGGAAGAAGGAGCAAGAGGAGCGCCGGAAAGAAAAUGAACGCAAGGCAGAGAUUGUGCAGGUGAUUCGCAAAACGGAGAAGCUGAAGAGACUGAAGAAGAAGCAGCUGCGCAAGGUUGAGAAGCGUGACAUCAAU